AUGAAAUCAUCGGUAUUAUCAAAUCUUUCAGGCGUGGGUGGCUAUGAUUUCGUUGUGGCGGUCACACAGGCCAGCAUCAAUGCAACAAUGAUAACAUAUCUUGAUUCCCUGACGUCGCCAGAGAUUAUUGUCUGCUAUAUCAGCCAAGAGAGUGUGGGAACGCCUGGAUACACAGCCGUGGAAGUUGAGUUCACAAAGCUCCUGGAGCUCACUGAAGGAGUCGAUCCGUUCACAGUAACAGUGCCAAGUGAUAACCAGGAGAAUGAUCCAAAUUUUCAAAAAUUGUUGAAAGCCAACUUCAUCAUGGGAUUCAAGGCUCGAAUUGGGAUUCCAAAUGUUCCGGAUAAGAGCAAACUCAAGGACAUCGUGUCAUUGCAGGGCGACACUGCACAAGUGGGCUUCAACUUGAUGUGUUCAGAAUUCACGGUGGCUGGAAUUGAAACAGUCUCUGUCGACCGGUUCUUCAUCCAGUCAUCGCAGACUCCGGCAAGCACAUGGCUCUUUUCCACUCAGGUAGACCUUCGCCUGGGUGAUCUCUCGGAUUCUGGCUACAGCAGACUUUCUCCUGAAGCUCAACGAAAAAUCAAGAAUCUCUCAGACUCGGUGUUCAGCAUCCAGCAGUUACUAAUUGACCUUAGCACUGCCACUCUUGCGGAAUCUGUCAAGAUCAGUGGUGUUGAGGCAGGUUCCACAGUUGAGACCUUCCUCGAAAAGUACUUCAUUCAAAAGUAUAUUGCGAAGUUGAAGGACACUGGCGAGCCUAUGCUUGGAUGUGCAGCCGUCUCAAAAGGAACGGACAGAUCGACCAUGCUUCUGACGGACAUGGACUUCUCAGUCAGUCCAUAUGUGGACUCACUGGGCAAGCCAGCGGCUUCAGACAGCCAAAAGGAGCUGAACACCCUCAACUACCUCUGCGCCACGGACCACCGAGCCCUUGGCCCAGCAAUCCGCUUCCCCUGGAACUGGGUUGAUGAGUCUGAGCGGGCUGACCAUGACGGAUGUAUAUCGAUCAAUCGAACUCGUAUGAUAGAGUGGCUGGAAGGGCUUGUCAAGACCACCGCUUCUUAUCAUUGCUUGCGGCCGACGGUAUUCGCGAAGCAUCAUGAUGGGAAUAUAACAAGACUUUAUGUGGAGGUGUUCUUCAAUGAGAAUCAGCAGCCCGUUGUGGAAUAUCCAGACAAGAAUAUGGUCGAUUCGCAGGGCCAAAAAUGGAACGCUGAUGGGAAAACCGUGCUCAAAUUCUCGUGGGAGGGAUUCGCCGCUGAUGAUGAUCAAGCUGGAAACAUCGAACUUCGGAACAAGUACGCCAUGACUGUUGAUCUCGUCGGAUCCACUAUCGUCAUCACACAGAACAUCUGGGUGUGGUACUAUGUGCGAGUGCCGGCCUAUGGUAAGGGCCAUAUAAUUGUGAACGACACACUCGUUGACGAAUACUCUCUGUCCACCGAAAAUGGGGCACUCGUUGUCGGAACUGUGAAAUCUAAGCUGACACAAGCUGCGGAUCCUCACGACCGGAGCGCCAACAUUUCGGACGUGAAUGAUUUUGGCAACAAGAUCAUCGAAGCCGUCAAGCAGCCAACUUCCAUCAGCCUGACAAGCAUCCCACUCUCAGUUGCGCCGUCGUACGUCUUCCCAGGCGGCAAGAGUUUCUUGUUCAAGAAUGUCCAAUUUUCUGAAAAUCAAGACCUUGUCGCCUGCAUCGCCUAUGCGGACCCAGUCCAGUAG